AUGCUACUUAAGCUGAGGACGCGGCAGGGGGAAGUCUUUCUCUUCGGCGGCCUUUGGCCACCGGGUGGUGACCCGGGCCAGCUGCGCCACGUCUGGGGUGCUGCCCAGGGCGGGCCGGCCUCGCGCGUGGCGCAGGUGGCAGCCGGGUGGAGGCAUGUCCUCUUCUUGACGGAGGCCGGCUGCAUCUUUGCGCUGGGCGACGACGACUUCGGCCAGUGCGCCGGCUCCGGAGGUGGAACCGCAGCGAUCCCUCUUCCGUCAUCAGCCAUGGCGGUAGGUGUUGCGGCCGGCGCGUGUCACUCUCUCGCCUGGGAUGCCACAGGCGCCGCCUUCGCUUGGGGCCACGGCGGGAGCGGAAGGCUUGGACUUGGUGGCGCUUGCAAGCGGCCCAGCCCGCAGCGAGUCGACUUGGCGAAGCCCGUCUGCGCGGCCAGCGCUGGGGCCAACUUCAGCCUCUUCGUGGUGAACUCCGGGGAGGAGCUCUUCGCUUGCGGUGGCAACCAGUACGGACAGCUCGGGAUCGAUGCGAGCCAGGCCUUCACCCCCGUCUCCGUCCAGAUCCCCCUGGCAGAAGACGAGGUCAUCACGGCAGUGGCGAGCGGGACCAACCAUGUGAUCUGCUUGACCCAGACGGACGGCGACCCUGCCGACAGCCAGGCGACGGUGUGGGCUUGGGGCUGCGCCUCCUCGGGGCAGUGCGGACCUAACGCCGCCUUUGAGUCGCAAGCCAGGCCCUUGAAGCUCGGCGACUUCUCGCCGCCAUCGCCUCACCGCGCCGUCGCCGUGGCCGCCGGCCGUUCCCACUCAGCGGUCCUGGCUUUCACUGGCAACACGGCGCGUUCACGUCUUCGCCCGGCACGGGCAAGGACUCCGAGAGCCUCGGCAGAGAAGUCGGUGAGGCCCCGAGCUGAGCGCAGUGAGCAGGCUGAGGACAUCAUUGAGGAGUUUCUCACGGGCUUGGCGCCAGAGAACCUCUCGCUUCUCUUACAGCCGCAGCGCGGAUUUCGUGCCUCGAAGCUGUUUGUCCUCCUCGCGGCGGCGGUGGCCUUGCUCAAGCUGCUCCCCGACCUCGACUUCUUAGGCGACUCAAAGCCCAGCGUGAAACCUGGGGGAGCUUAUGAUGGCAGCGACAUCAACCCCGAGGAGAUGGGAGCCACCGAGUGGGAAAAGAACUGGUGGCGCGACAUGAAAACCCAGCAAGAAGCUCUCAACAAGAAGGCGGCCAUCGAACAGGCCAGAGGGGAUGAGGAUGGCGAGGGCAUCAAGACUCUGCUCUACUUGUUCGGCUUCCUGGCCUUCGGGACCUUCCUGGUCUUCCUGCCAGGGCCGCGCCAAGAGACUCCAAGAAAAAAAGCCGGGCAAAAAGUGACCAUGGCUGAGGAAGCCCUCUUCAUGGGCGAAGGAGUCACCGAGAAGGUCCGGAAUCCCACUUCCGAGCUCUCUUCGCGACUGGGAGGGCGGCUCAUACGGCGCUCGGGGCAGGGGCAGCAGGAGAAUCGCCGGUCUGCAGGCCGCAGGCCCAGGCGCGAGCAGCGAGCGCCGAAUCCGAAGCCGCCGACUCCGAAGCCCACGGAGCCCAGCGUCUCCAAGGCGUCUCGGACGAAGCCCGGCCUGGGCACAGGGGCCCUGCUGGCCGAGGCCUUGGCGGCCGAGGAUCAGUGGAGCGGCAUCCGCGAGUCCUUGAAGGGCCUGAGCUCCUACAUCGCGCAGCUCUCUGACACGCCAGUCAAG